AUGAGUUCAAAACCCGUUACUUUGGACGAUCUUUUUGAACUUGCGGGUCGUCCCCAGGUAAAAGUGUAUGAACUCAACGAACCUGUAAAUACUAAUGUGGUUUUGAACAAAACUCCUGUCAGUCUUCUCGAAGAGAAUUGCAUGAAGUUUUACAACUCUCCAGUGAAAUUUAGUGUCAUUUCCACUGAGAAAAAUAAUGGUUCUGCGACGUCUAAGAAAGUGGCCAAACAACAGGCGGCUUCGAACAUGAUCAUGCUCUUGCUCCAGACUAAUUUUGCAAACGCGGAAAAGUUAGGGUUGCGCGUUUCCAGCUUAGAAGAAGCCAGUGCCUACUUGGAGCCGUUCUGUACUGAUACUGACAGUCGGUCUGGGUCGUCAGAUUAUGUUCCGAGCCGCAACUAUUUCAGUACCUUGGUUGAAACAUGUAAAAAAAAUAAGUUGGAUGAACCGACGUUUGUUCAAAUGGAUGAAGGGCCCCCUAAUGAAAAAGUUUUCACUACCGUCUGUCAGGUUAACGAAGUAUCAACUAAAGGCCAAGCGAAGCAGAAGAAGCAGUCAAAGAGUCUGGCCUGCUACGAAAUGCUGAAAAAAAUUGAGAGUGGGGAUGUUGUGAGCAAGGAGUGCGAGGAUGACGACGAUCUCGCCACUGUUGAUAUUGUUCCUGAAGAGCUGAAGAGAACGAGGCAUGAUUCUGAGAAAACUAUAGAGGAUUGUUUGGAAAAAAUUUCAUUAUCAAAGGAAAAAACUACUGCUAAGCAUGAAUUCAAAAUGCUGGACAACUUGUCUACAUGUGGAGCUUACCACUGUUUGCUGAAGAUAGAGGUACAAUCCGGUGACUCUAAGAGUACUGUUAUCUUUCCUGGAAGAGGUGAUACGGAAGAUGAAGCGCGUAAAUGUGCAGCCAAAGAAGCCUUCAUUCACUUCUCUAUUUAA